AUGCUUAAUCUUACUCUAUUUGAAAUCGUUUUGCUCUAUACAAGAGAUUUGAGAGUGUUGAUCGAGUAUUGUAGUUUAAACACUGCAGAUUGGAGGUGAAAUUUUCAAAACUUUGAAAACGGCUGCAGAUCUGCUUUAAAAAGAUUUGGGCAUGGGAGAGAGUUACCGUCCUUACGCCUCAGAUUGUAGUAAAAAGAGAUACAAGAAAUAUUUUCCCUGUUGGUUUACCAAGGGGUCCACAUGCUGCUAGAUGGUAUGCACAUUUUAGUUGGACCGAUACUACCAAACACGUGUUAAGAGUUUUCAGGGAUGCGCUGGAUUCCAUGACAUAAGAUCAGGUAAGAUUUUGUACUAAUUUUCUCUUAACUUUCGUAUAUAUUGUAAUUGUGAGUAUUUUUUUAUAGUUUAUUUGGGAACCAUAUUCUUCUGACAUAAUUGAGAGUCUUCCCGAAUAUUGCCGCGUUGGAAGAGACAUAUGGCGUGCUAGAGUUCCAAUUUUUUGUUGGGAUGUUGUUGAGGUUCAUUUACCCGAUCGAGUUAUGAGGCAAUUUGGAUUGGUACAAGCGAUACCAUCUUCAUUUGCAUUUGACGCUACACAUUUUAACCAUGAUCGUCGAGGAAGAUCAAACACAAAUUGAGAGUUAGAGCAUGCACAAUGGUUGCAUUUUUGGAACCAUAUUGAUCAAUAUGUAUGGAAUGCACCAAUCCUUCAUGGAUCACUUCGGUAUGAUGAUCCCUACCUUAUUUGGUUUAGACGUAUUACUCGUUUUGUCAUUGGUAAUCCUAUUUCGAGUCCUCAACAACAACAAGGUUACGUGCCUAAUGCAACGACAUACGAAACAAUGGUGCGUCAUAUUCAUUUGAUGGUUAAUAAAGCAAUAUCUCUCAGUGAAAAUCCAUCAAUGGAGGAAUUUUACGGGUUUUGUGCAAUGGUGCGGGAUGAAGGAUCUAAUUGUUUGGCAUAUGUGCAAGAGGCAGAUAGGACUCAGUUCAAGCAAAUUAUAGAAGAGAGGAUCUAAUGUCUGACCAUUUGCAUCCUCCUAUUCGUUGGCGAGGAAAAGGUGGUGUUGCGGGUAGGAAGGUACGUGCUAUUGAGAGAGGUCGAGCACCUAUUGAAAUGAGUGAAGAUGAUCAAACCACACAAUAUUCCCAAGCAGUUUCGAAUUAUGAACCAACAAACAUUGAGAAUGUGACGUACACGACAACACAGACUCCACAAAUAUCAAGGAAUCCAAGUCUUUCAUCACUUGAAAAUGUAUUUGGUAGUAAUCAACCUCAACAUUUUGACAACGCCCCAAACUUUAUGGAUGGUGAUGAGUUGGAGGAUGCGAAUCAAGGUGCAAGCCAAGGUGGUGAACCAUCAAUGAAGAAAAAACGUACAAUCAUUCCUAAGCUUUGUAGGACUGGGAGUCAUUAUCUUAAUCAGCACGGCCAAAAGAACAAAACAAAAGUUUCUGUGUUGACAAAGAAAAAAGGCAAAGGAUGAUUCUGUGAACCGCCCCAGACUGUGGUGGAUUACAUUCGGUAUGUUGUUGUAUUGAAUUUGUGGACACAUCGCGAGUGGUAAUUUGCUUUAACUCCUGUUAAUUUAGUUUUAGUUUGAUGCCCAGAUUUUGGGGCAGUGGUAAAGUUGUGUUUUUUAUUUAGCUUAUGUAAUUUAGCUUUAAUUUGCAGUGAAUUUCAUGCUUUAUUGUUGUUGUUGUUGUUUAUUGUAUUGGUUUAUGUUAAAAAGAUGUGCUGUUGCAGCUGUUA